CUUCCACAUUUUGUUUGAGAGAAAGAGAGAAUCAGAGGCCAUUCUUCAAGAGGAUUAAACCACAUUACCUUCUAAAGAAUAAAAUCUCAACUUGUUAAAUUUCCUUAGGAAUUGGGUUUGGAGGCACCUCAAUUCCAACACCAUAAGGAUUUAACUUUGCGUGCCUCUGAAUCUCUCAAACGUGGGUCUCACAAUUUAAGUUGUAAGUUCAUUUGAUCCUUGUAAAACAACAGAGUUGCCGCCGUUUGUGUUAGUGGGAGUUGAAAAUGCUGGGGGAUUUCAUUAAUCGAAUCCUUAUACUCAUUCUGGGGUAUGCAUACCCUGCCUUCGAAUGCUAUAAAACCCUGGAGAAAAAUAAGGUCGAUAUUGAGGAACUUCUCUUCUGGUGUAAAUAUUGGAUCAUUAUGGCACAAUUCACUGUACUGGAAAAGUUUACAGAUAUAUUUAUUGGAUGGCUGCCAAUGUAUGGAUUGAUGAAGCUGGUGCUCUUUGUCUACUUGUGGUAUCCCAAAACUAAAGGGACAGGAUAUGUUUACGAGACUGUGUUGGGGCCUUACGUAUCAAGGCUGAUAAGUCAUGAACAUGACAUUGACAUGAAAUUAUUGGAGUUGAAGGCUACAGGAUGGGAUAAUGUCAUAUAUUACUGGCAAUACUGCGCCAAAUUUUGGCAAAGUGCUUUUGUCAAGGCUCUUCAGCACUUGGCUUCUCAAUCAAGUGGAUUUUCUGCCAACCCCAAUACAGAGAAUAAGGACGCGCAAGGUCAAAGUGUCCCACAAGCGCCUCCAAACCAGACCCAAUCGUCCUUCAUGAAGCAAAGCAGCACCCUAAGCAAAAGCAAGAAGUGGCCUCCAAGCCCCCCCAGUGAAAACCAAAACUCUCAAACCGAAUAUAUGGAUGAAGAAGAGGAAGAGCCAUGGGAACCCAAAUCCGUCACAAUCAACGGCCAACACUAGCGCGUGAGCGUCAAGGACAUUGAAUCAA